CAGGACCAUGGGAAGAACCCAUCUUGGGCUACAUGCCGUACCUCUUCGGUCGCAACAUACUCGAGAACUUCCACCGCCUAAAGGAGAAACACGGCGACAUUUUCCACAUGAACCUGGCCGGGAAAGGACGUGGUGGUCCUCAACGAAUGGCGCCUCGUUCGGGAGGCAUUCGGCAGGCCUCAGCUCGGCGAUAGGGCCGACCUUGUCUUCCUCCGGCUUUUCUCCGGCGGAAACAACGGGCUGAUGAGCUCCACCAGAAGUCAAUGGCGCGAAAACCGCGGAUUCACCCUUCAGGUCCUCAGGGACUUCGGACUGGGGAAGGCAUCCGUUCUCAACGGGAUCAUCGAAGAAGUUCUCAAACUCUGCGAAGUCCUCGGUCGGAACAAGGAGGAGCCUCAAAGUCUUCAGCAUCCCCUCAACUUAGUUAUAUUCAAUAUCAUUUGGAAGCUGACUGCAGGAAAGCAGUUCGAGCACGGCGACCCCGAACUCCAGCAAUUCCUGGAUCGGCUGACGGUGGUCAAAGAAGUUUCAUUCGCUCGGAGGCAGUGCAACGGGGAAACCCUGGCAAAGAUGAAGUUGUUUCUCUUCGUGGCGAUAUUCACGCAGAAGUUUUUUUUCUGCGUUACUAAAGGACAUCCGAUUCCUUCUAAAGAGGGCGACGGGAGCUUCAUCGUCAACUGCCCGAAACCCUACAAGUUCAUCUUGAGGAAUACGUCGAGGAUCGAGUUCACGCGUGAUGGAUAA